AUGAUGAACACUAAAGAAAAGAAUGAAGAUGAUAAAUCAUUCGUGAGAUUGAAUCGGCCAAGAAUAUUAAAUUUGGAAACACAAACAAUUGAUGUUGAUAUAAACGAAACGACAGAAGUGAUUGAUUUAUGCACAUGCAGUAUAGAUGUCAAGGAUAUAUCGAUUGUGUCAGUUGUCUUACAAAAUGCAUCAACAUCAAAUGCGACGAAAGAACGAUUUCGAAAUCUUCAUCGUCGACUGUCAAUUUUACCAAGCUUUCCAACAAAAAAUAAUAAACAAAAUUAUGGUGAUCCAUUAUUACCAAAUAUACCACCACAAAAUGGUACGACGAAUAAUGGAACUGUAAAUAACAAUAGUAAUCAUCGGGAAGAAAUACUCAAUAAUCUCUUACGAGUGGAACUAAGAGAAGCAGCAAGUGAUUAUCCUACUCGAACUCGUCGAUCGUAUCCAAUUCAUUAUGUCUUUGAUAUAUGUAGCAACGAUGUUAGUAAUAUUCUUCGUCAUAAUGGCUUAUCACAAGAUGCUCAAGGUCAAUGGUAUGAAUUACUAUCACCAACACAAGUUUUGACUGGACAACAGCAAAACUUGGAGAACAAUAAGAAGCAGCAAAAGAAGAAAAAGUGCCAUGGUAUUCGAAAACAACAGCAUCAACGACGAAAAUUACGUCGUCAACAAAUGAAACAAAAUAAUAAUCCUGCAAAUCAUAGACAACAAGAUAUCUUAAUUGUGAUAGAUGAUACUGAUGACAACCCGGAACAAGAUAGACAAGAACAACAGAUUCAAGUAUAA